UAUCGCGACACCGAGGCGGGGACGGCUCCCUGAUCCCGGCACGUGUCUGCGCAGGGACCCGCUCUCCGCCGGCUGUGCCGGGCCGUGGGCUCACCUCCUCCGGGUCGGCCAGGCCGUGCGGAGUCGAGCCGCUGCCUUGGGGUGCGGCGAGAGUUGGCCAUGGGGAAGGCCAGGGCGACCGGGGCGCGCCCCAAGACCCCGGGAGCCCCGGCGGGAGCGCGGGGCGUCCGGGCCAGGCCCAACCCCAACCCGUUCGAAGUAAAAGUCAACAGGCAGAAGUUCCAGGUUCUGGGCAGGAAGACGCGCCACGACGUGGGGCUGCCCGGGGUGUCGCGCGCGCGGGCCAUCCAGAAGCGCACGCAGACGUUGCUGAAGGAGUACAAGGAGCGGGACAAGUCCAAUGUGUUCCUAGACAAGCGCUUCGGGGAGCACAACAGCCGCAUCAGCGCGGAGGAGAAGAUGAUGCGAAGGUUCGCUCUGGAGCAGCAGCGACAACAUGAAAAAAGAAACAUCUACAACCUCAACGAAGAUGAAGAGUUAACUCACUACGGCCAGUCCUUGGCCGACAUCGAAAAGCUGAACGACAUUGUCGACAGUGACAGCGACACUGAGGAGCGAGGAACGCUGUCCGCCGAGCUGACGGCGGCCCAUUUCGGAGGCGGAGCGCUCCCUCGUGAGAAGCCCUCCCAGCAGCCAGGCCCGGAGGCGAGGCCCAGGUCCCACAAAGAGCUCAUCGAGGAGCUCAUCGCCAAGUCCAAGCAAGAGAAGCGGGAGAGGCAGGCCCAGCGUGAAGAUGCCCUGGAGCUCACAGAGAAGCUGGACCGCGACUGGAGGGAGAUCCAGAGCCUCCUGGCCCGCAGGACGCCCCAGGCCCAGAGCAGUCGCCAGGAGAAACCCCAGCCUGACGCCUACGACCGGGCGGUGCGGGAGCUGGGCUUCGAGAUGAAGGCGCAGCCCUCGGACCGGAUGAAGACGGAGGAGGAGCUGGCCAGGGAGGAGCAGGAGCGGCUCCGGCGCCUGGAGGCAGAGAGGGUGCGGAGGAUGCUGGGGACGAGCGAGGACCAGGACAGCAAGGGGCCUGCACACGUGUCUGCAGAUGACUUAAACGACGGAUUCGUGCUGGACAAGGAUGACCGGCGUCUGCUCUCCUACAAAGACGGAAAGAUGAACGUCCAGGAAGCACAAAGCGGGGAAGCCAGUAACGGUGGGGACGAGGAGGAGGAGGAGGAGGAGGAGGAGGAGGAAGAGGAGGACGAGGAGGAUGCAGAGGACAGCGGCGGCUCCGACAGCCACUCAGACCUGGAAUGCAGUGUGGAGAGCGAGGAGGAGAGCGAGCAGCCAGAGCAGAAGCCGCGGCCACCGCCUGGGGGGAGGUCAACAGGCCGUGGUCAGGAAGCUCGGGACGCCGCCAGGACUGAGCUGCCCUACACAUUUGCAGCUCCUGAGUCCUCUGAGGACCUCAAGUCUUUGCUGGCGGGAAAGCCCGUGGAGGAGCAGCUGCUGGUGGUGGAGCGGAUCCAGAAGUGCCACCACCCCAGUCUCGCCGUGGGGAACAAGGCGAAGUUAGAGAAACUGUUCGGCUUCCUUCUGGAAUAUGUGGGCGAACUGGCUACAGAGGACCCACCAGACCUCAGAGUGAUUGACAAGUUGGUUGUGCAGCUGUACAACCUCUGCCAGAUGUUUCCUGAAUCUGCGAGCAAGUCCAUGAGGUUUGUGCUCCGAGACGCCAUGCACGAGAUGGAAGGGACGAUCGAGGCCAAGGGCCGGGCUGCAUUCCCGGGGCUGGACAUGCUCAUUUACUUGAAAAUUGCUGGGAUGCUGUUCCCAACCUCUGACCUCUGGCACCCCGUGGUGACGCCCGCGCUGGUGUGCCUGAGCCAGCUGCUUACCAAGUGCCCCGUGCUGUCCCUCCCGGACGUGGUGAAGGGCCUGUUCGUGUGCUGCGUGUUCCUGGACUACGUGUCCCUGUCACAGAGGUUCAUACCUGAGCUGGUCAACUUCCUCCUGGGCAUCCUGUACAUUGCAACCCCCAACCGGCCAGGCCCAGGUUUCGCUCUGGUGCACCCUUUCCGACCUCUGGGGAGGAACUCGGAGCUGCUCGUGGUGUCUGACGAGGGGGACGCGGCCACGUGGCAAAGGAGAAGCCUGUCCCUCCACUGGGCAGGCGCACGGCACGCCCAGACCGAGACGGAGGCCAACCACACCAGGCUGUCCUGCCUGGCCGUGUGUCUGGCUCUGGUGAAGCGCUGUGUGCUCCUGUACGGCGCGCUGCCCGCCUUCCACGACAUCACGCGGCCCCUCAGAGCCCUCCUGGCGCAGCACCUGGCCGGCAGCAGCCACCCCCACGAGCUGCAGGAGCUGUGUCGGAGCGCGCUGGCCGAUAUGGAGGCCCAGGAGAGGCGCUACCAGCCCCUGGUCUGCGAGAGGAGCAAGCCUGUACCCCUGAAGCUGUUCACCCCCCGGCUAGUCAAAGUGCUGGAGUUUGGAAGGAAGCAGGGCAGCACCAAGGAGGAGCAGGAGCGGAAGAGGCUAAUCCACAAGCACAGGCGGGAGUUCAAGGGUGCGGUGCGGGAGAUCCGCAAGGACAACCAGUUCCUGGCCCGGAUGCAGCUCUCGGAGAUCAUGGAACGGGAUGCGGAAAGGAAGCGCAAAGUGAAGCAGCUUUUCAACAGCCUCGCUGAGCAGGAGGGUGAAUGGAAGGCUCUGAAGAGGAAAAAGUUCAAAAAAUAAACGGUUUUUAUCUUGGCAGAGACACACUGAUGUCUUUCCUGGACUUCAGCUCCCGUUUCAGCGUCUCCUGAACGCGCUGUGGACCUGGGGCAGCGCUCCCUGCGAGCACGUGCUGAUGAACGAACUAGUUGGUCCGUCCAGUUCAGACGAACUGUCAGUCACGGUCUGGGACUGAAGGGAUCUGGCCGGUCAUUUUUGCCUUUGUGUUAGAGUGCAGUGUUAUUUCACAUUACAAGUUAUAUUUUCAAUUAUAAAGUAAACAAGUUUGCAAACAGUUUAGAGAUCGGAGGAAAAAGUCACCCUCAACCCCAGCACCACGACGGGCAGUCCCUCACUCAGUCUGCCUGGCGCUCUCCAGGGCCGUCUCGGUUCUGGGCGCUGAGCCGCUGGGACGUCUGCACUGAGCUGGGAGGCUGAAGACAUGGAGUUUGUGGUUAAGGUCACAAACUUGUAAGUUAAACAGCAAAGAGCAGCCCUCCCGUCCCCUGCACUAACCAGGAGCGUCUCAGGAAUGCAGCACGCUGUGCUGUUGGCUGGCCCCACGGGCUGUGGCUGGGGAGCAGAGCACAGGCCCAGACGAGGGCUGUUCUUAGCCUUCUGAUAGGAACACUGUAGCCCCAGCCCCCCGCCCUCUGACAUGUGUGUGGAGGCAGGUGACCCGUCUCAGGUAUGAAGGUCAGAGGCUACAAAAGGGGGAGCAUGGCUCAGUGGGGAGAUAUCAGCCAAAGGUACCUAAGGGGUGACAUCGAGUCUUUGGGGAAAGAGCUAAUGGGUUUUCAUUUGUUGCAGGUGGAACAGCUGUGUAUUGGGCAUAAGUGUAACUGCUAUUUUCGUGAUUUGGGUGUCCUAUAUAAUAAAAGGCUAAUAGGCCAAUCGCCCAA